AUAAAAACACAUGUAUGUAUCGUAUGGAAAAAGUAAAAAGAAACAAACAAAAAAGGGGACUUGUUCAAUGUUUAGGAUGUAUAACAAAACAGAGACGCAUUGCCGCACAAGAAAAGAAAGUGAUUUUCCUUUUCGAAUUCCCUUGCGCAGCUUCAUCAGAUCUCUUCCCCUUCUAUAUUAACCCUCCAAAAUCGUAGACACACGCACAGAAGUACUGAAACUUGUAGUCAGAGAAAUUGGGCUGGAUCAGAAAAAGCAGAGAAAAAGAAACAUGGGUUGCAGAAACAGAGAGUUCACAGACGACGAGACUGUCUCUUCUUCUUCAUUGAGUGAGGCCUUGCUCUUUGCCACCAUGUGCAUCAUUGGUCUCCCAGUCGAUGUUCACGUCAAGGACGGGUCUGUCUAUUCUGGAAUAUUCUACACCGCCUCUGUGGAGAACGAAUACGGUAUUGUUCUGAAGAAAGCAAGGAUGACUAAAAAGGGAAAGAGUGAUGCUAAUGUAGGAAAUGGGACAUUGAUUGACACUCUAGUAAUUCUCUCAGUUGACCUUGUUCAAGUUGUUGCUAAGGGAGUUUUGCUUCCAGCGGCUGAUGUUGCUGGAAAUAUGGCUGGUGACGAAACUGAAGCUGUUACGGGUACUGUUCCUUCUGAUGUAUGUAUAAAGAAUGAUGCGAAGAAGCCAAUUGAGUCUGCCAUAAAUAAGAAGAAAUUGAACGGUGUCAGGGGCCCAAUGCAAAAUGGCAAUGGACUUGCUCAUGGCGUCACCUCCACAGGAGCUGGAAAGGAACAUGAAGGGAGGAAUUUGCCACUGAAACAUGGUGGGGAUACCAUGGAAGUUGAACAUGGGAAAGGUGAAGGGAUGAAUUUAUCUGAGGCUGAUAAAGUUAAUGAUAAAAAGAUGACAUCAAAGCGAUUGCCUUCCGGAGUAUCUUGUGAUCCUGUUACUGUAAUUGUUAAUUCAGACAAUCAAUGCUGUGAAAGGACAACUUCAGCAGACAUUUCUUCUGAUGUUUUUUCUUCAGGUGUCUCAACUUCAUUUAAUCCAGCUGCAGAUGCUUCUUGUCGACGUGUGGAGGCAACAUCAACUGAAAUGGUCCCUCCUCAGGGUCCAGAAUUUAAUAGAAGUGCCAAGGAAUUUAAGCUCAACCCAGGAGCAAAAACAUUCUCUCCAUCUUUUACAAAGCCCAUAACAUCAACCCCUCCUUCGGUGCCAACAGUGGCGAGCAUGGGUUAUAUACCAAACAACUCCCCCGUGGUAGCUGUUCCUGCUGCUCAGCCGGAAGUCGGAUCAAAUCCUUUCCCAACUCGUUCAUCUGUGCCUAUUAAGGUGGUCCCGUACAAUAAUUUCACCAAUGGACAUGGUGGCAGUGGUUCUCAAUUUUCACAACCUAUUGUUGGACACGUGGGAAGCAGGGUGCAGACGCUUAGGUAUCCUGUUCAGGCUGGACCUACCUAUGUGCAUCCAAAUUCUCAAGCUGUUAUGGUUGGACGGUUUGGGCAGGUUGUAUACAUGCAUCCAGUUUCUCAAGAUUUGGUUCAGGGUGCAACGGCUAUGUCACCACUGCCUGCUCGUCCUGUGUUGACUCCACAUCAGGUCCAGUUUCCGAAGCACCAAGGACCUGCAGCAGCCCAAGCUUUUCAGCUGUGUGUGCCUCCGCCGUUCAUGACUACUGGACAGCAGCCUUUCCCCAUUGCCAAGACACAUCCCCUUUUUGCAACCUCCCUUCCCUUCUAAUUGUCUCAUUUAAGUCCCAGGAUCUAAUGAUCUUGUCGAUCCCAAGUUUUGGUGAAUAUCGGUUUCUUUCACUAGUCACCUCAGCUAGGGGUUCUUUUCCCCAUCCUUAUAUAUUAUAAUUCUAGAAAAUUUUGGCCUUAAAUUCUUUUGUUGGACAAGAGUCCAGUCAACCUGUAUUCACACACUGUUUUUUCUAUACAUAAAAGUCGGACAACUUUUGCACAAGGGUUUCUGUCAAACCUGGUUAAAGGGCGUGUAGCUUUCAUUGUUUUUUUUUAUAAAUAUGUAGGGAUCUUGUCUUCUACAAAAAGGGAGUGGGUUUCA